GUCAGUCUUAUUGGUAUACCAGCCUUAGCUAAAUCUCCCGGCCCACCUCCAAACCGCGCUCGACUCUCCUAGGGUUCCUACGAAGAGGCCAAACCUCACAAGUUUUGGUCGGGGAAUCGAAGGAGCUUCUCCGUUCCCCUCACUAAGCCGAAGGAAAUCUUGGACAUAGAAUCGAGAAAGGAUCAGUUAGUUUCACUUAUAUUCGUAUGCUAUAUAUCACUAGGUUCAUUUGUUGUUGAUAUUUUGGGGUUUGUUUUGUACGAGAAAUUUGUGAUGCCUCUUCAUCAGAGUAGUAAACUCUCGUUUCCCAUUGAUUUCUUGCAUUUCUUGGGAAUUUAUCUCGGAAAUCUGACGAAGAAACGUAAAUUUAGAUUUUAAUUUAUCUCAUUCUCUUUGGAAUUUGUGCCCUAGUUCUUCUAUCCAACCACAGGAACCGAACGAUCGAAGGAAACGGCAUGCUAGCCCCGAUCUUGCGGCUUCCGGCGCCGCCCUCUGAUGGAAACCUCGGCCCGACUCCCCCUGCCCAGGUCUCGAAUGAUGCCCCGGCCAAUAAGCCCCAAGAAGAGAAAGAACAGCCCCCUCCUGCGCCGGUCGCGACCCACACGAGAACGAUUGGUAUCAUCCAUCCUCCUCCUGAUAUCCGAGUGAUCAUAGACAAGACUGCCGCUUUCGUUGCCAAGAACGGCCCGGAGUUUGAGAAGAGGAUUCUUGCCAACAAUGCUGGCAACAACAAGUUCAACUUUUUGACUGCUUCGGACCCUUAUCAUGCCUACUACCAGCACAAGGUCUCCGAGCACCGCACCUUGGUUCAGGCGGCAUCCCAGCAGCCCUCUGGUGACUCCUCUCAGCCAUUGGAUUCUGCCCCAGCACCUUCUGAUGGCUUGGCUGCCCCUGCAGCUGCAACUGCACCUUCUGAUGAGGCUACCACCAAGGUUGACCCCGCUGUUCAGUUUAGGAUUCCCCCAAAUAAGGUCCUUGAGCCCCCCGAAGCUGAGCAGUACACAGUUAGACUCCCAGAAGGGAUCACUGGGGAGGAGUUGGAUAUCAUUAAGCUCACUGCACAGUUUGUUGCACGGAAUGGGAAGAACUUCUUGACGAACCUCACGAGCCGGGAGAUGAGCAAUCCACAAUUCCACUUUUUGAAGCCGACCCAUAGCAUGUUCACAUUCUUCACGACUCUCACAGAUGCAUACUCAAGGGUUCUGAUGCCUCCAACGGGGCUAACUGAAAAGCUGCGGAAAAGCACCAGUGAUCUGACAACAGUGCUCGAGAGGUGUUUGCACCGUCUGGAGUGGGAGCGGUCCCAGGAACAGGCUAGGCAGAAGGCUGAGGAUGAGAUCGAGCAAGAGAGGAUGCAAAUGGCAAUGAUUGAUUGGCAUGACUUUGUUGUCGUGGAGACAAUCGAGUUUGUUGAUGACGAGGAUGAGGAGCUGCCUGUACCAAUGACAUUGGAUGAGGUCAUUAGGAGAAGCAAGAUAUCAGUAUUGGAUGAAGAGGAACCGAUGCAAACAUCUGAACCAGGAAAGGAAAUGGAAAUGGAAAUGGAUGAAGAAGAGUUGCAGUUUGUAGAAGAAGGCAUGAAGGCUGCUAGACUCAAUGAGAAUGCCAUGGAAGCAAAAGCACCUGGUGAUGAGCCUGAUCCUCCUAUGAGGAUAGUGAAGAACUGGAAGAGACCCGAGGAGAGGAUCCCUGCUGAAAGAGAUCCAACCAAGUUUGUCAUUUCACCAAUCACCAAUGAGCUUAUUUCUAUUAGUGAGAUGGCUGAGCACAUGCGCAUUUCACUCAUAGAUCCCAAAUACAAGGAGCAAAAGGAGAGGAUGAUGGCUAAAAUCCGGGAGACAACUCUUGCUGCAGAUGAUGAGAUUUCAAAGAACAUUGUCGGGCUUGCACGAACUCGUCCUGAUAUUUUUGGCACCACAGAAGAAGAAGUCUCCAAUGCUGUGAAAGCAGAAAUUGAGAAGAAGAAAGAUGAACAACCAAAGCAGGUCAUAUGGGAUGGGCACUCUGGAAGUAUUGGACGUACCGCGACUCAAGCAUUAUCACAGAGUGCUUCUGGUGAGGAACAAACUGAAGCUAAUAAUAAUGAUUCGUGGAUUCUUCCAGGUCCUGCGCCACAACCAAGGCCUGGGGUGCCAUUAGUCCGCUCCCUCCCUCCACCUCCUGGAUUGGCAUUGAAUAUUCCUCGAUUCCCACCAAACACAGUUCCGUAUUCUGUUCCUGCUGCUGGUGGGGGCCUUUUUCCACAUCCAAGGCCUGGAAUGAUUUCAAUGAUUCCAUCUGUGAGGCCUGCUCCUUCACCUAUUCCUAUGCCUUCAUCACAGCAGCCUGUUAUGAUGAACCAGCAGCCAUUGCCUCAAGCAAUUUCGGUAAACCCACCUCCACCUCCACCUCCUGGAUCCCAGUUCACGCCAUUGGUACUUUCCCGAACUUUUGUUCCACUGCCUAUGCCACCACCUAACGUGCCAAUGGUUCCCCCACCACCUCCCCCACAAGGAAUGCCACCGCCUCCUCCCCCUGAGGAAGCUCCACCACUGCCAGAUGAACCUGAACCAAAACGGCAAAGAGUCGAUGAUGUCUCACUCAUUCCAGAGGAUCAGUUCCUUGCUCGGCAUCCGGGGUCUUGUCGGAUUUCUGUAUCUGUUCCAAGUGUGGAUGAAGGAAACUUGAAAGGACAGCUUCUGGAGAUUGCAGUCCAAUCUUUAUCUGAGACUGUUGGCAGUCUUAAGGAGAAGAUUGCAGCGGAGGUUCAGCUUCCUGCUAAUAAACAGAAACUGAGUGGUCGGGCCGGUUUUCUUAAGGACAAUCUUACGCUUGCUUAUUACAACAUUGGCCCUGGAGAAACACUAACCCUUGCGCUGAGGGAGCGUGGUGGGAGAAAGAGAUAAUCAUUACGUCAAACAGAAAGAUUCACAAUUCGGAUGAUAUUGUUUCCUUAAGUCACUGAAAUGAAUGUGUUCCUCCAAGGGAGCAAGCUUACCGACAUAUCAUGGCUUAUUAUAUUGCUUUUUUAAAACCUUGUUUCAUGUAUAAUCUCAAUUUACCACUUCUUUUGUUUAAAUCUUACUUUCUCAUCUGCUAGGUACCUGAUGCAGGUUUCCUAUUCCAGUGAAUUUGAUUCUUCACAUCUCUUGGUACCAUCAUCUGCCCUUCUUCUUUCAGCAAGGAACCUUUGGUUUCUUUUUCAUGCCUUUGCAGAGUUUUUCAACAUUGUUGAUCGAGUAUGAUCUGAAGGAAGAUGAAUCUCCAUAGAGGCUAAUUCAAUUAGGUUAAUGCAAUUAGACAUUAUUUACCAUGCUAAUGAUGUUAUAUAUUCAUUGAUUGUUAAGUUCACUGAAAUCUCAGUAAGUUAUAUUACUUGUGAACCAAUUGAUGAUGACUCAAUUUCUUAUUCUUGCAUAUGCUAUAUGGCGAUUGUCCAAAGUCUCAACUUUCUUUAGCUUGUUGCCAGCUUAAGUCUGCGGAACAGAGUUGAAAUGCUAUCAUAGGCUAAGGUACAGUUUUUUCUGGCUUGCUGUCUUGGAAUUUCAGGUACUUGUGUGUUCCUUUUUCCUCUCUCCUGUAGGUGAGAUAUAUUACCAUCCUUUUAUUGUGAACCCUUUUUUCAUCUUAGACUUAUUUGAAAGGUCUAACUAUGUGACAUUGUUUGACAUAAUAGUUUAUGAUAUACAUGAAGGGUUAGUUCUCAGCAUAAUCAUGCCUCCAUUUUAUACAGCGGGGAAAGGGGAGCAACUGCAAGGUAGGAUUCAUGCUCUGUGGUAGAUGUGAGAAAGAAAACCUGUCUUUCUGUGACUCAAGCAUGCUCCUGGAUGUCAACCCACUUUUCUUCUUCCAGGAGACCUCAGUGUCAAGUUUCUGCUGUAGUUUGAAUGCAUUUUAGAGUCCAAGAAUUCAUAAAUCCUUGGUGGUUGUCAAAUUCUUGGGUCAGCUUCUCAUGUGCGGGCGGGCGUGCAGCAGAAGAACAGACGCAUAUUGACCUUCUGAGGGUGGGACUUGGCAUAUGAUCCUCUUGCAAAUAUACCCGUGGGAGUGGUCUCCUCUGGUGUCUCGUAUGUGUAUGAUUCAAGCCGAGGACCGAAGGUGCCCAGCAUCUCUUUUGUUCGGUCCACUAAAAUGGAAAUCGACUUUGUCAGAAUCAUGCAGCAGAGGAAUGGAUUUCCAGAACUCGAAGCUGGCGGACUUGGGAGUAGAAAGCUAACCUUUGACGCCGGUCUUCCAUACCGUGUUAGUGUAUCUGAGACCAGAGACGAUGUUGUUGCUGACGGAGAAGGUAAACUUCAACCUGUAAUGGCUACCUUCCUUCAAGGUAAACCACACGCCCUUGGAGUUCGGAGCCACAGGAAGUGGGAGGACAACGUCAGGCCUUCCGGGAGAGAUGAUCGAAAGGCUCAGAAUGUUAACCUCGGGCUCCAAGGUUUCUACGAGAAGGAGAAGUGAACGAUGAGAUGGAGAGUGCUACUUUGACGAACAAAGUUAGGCUUUUAUGUAUGUACCUCCGACACAGUUCACAUCGACGCUUCCCAGAAGCUGUUCCUUCCACCUUCUCAGGCUCUCAUCAUCCUGCACCAGACGCCAUGAAACUGAAAGGAAAACAUGGGAUUUGGAAGUUCUAAGAGGAGGCGGUUUAAGUCAGACCUUGUCUUUCUCCAUCUGGUCUUUGAGGCUGACUUGAGGUCCCAGAUCAAUCCCGUUGCCAUCCUUCCCAUCAUCAUCUUCCUCUUCCUCCUCGGUAGCAUAAAGGGAGGUCUCGCUCAUCUGCCUGUUGAUCUCCUCCUCCUUACCAGCAUGCUUACGCUCGCUGUUCUCCUCCGUUUCACCUUCCCUAGCCAUCAAGAUCCCAUUUUUCUCAGCAUUCCCCAUCUUGUGCUCCAAACCCAUGUUCUUCGAGCAGGAGAGAGCUCCGGUGGCAAAAGACAUGUCAACCAGGAAGCAGAAAGCAGGGGAAAAGAAUCCCAGCCACCUACUAACGGUCAGAAGCACAGCAGUCUCAUCAGAAACCAAAAGGAAAUAGGACCAGAGAAAGAGAGAGGAUAACGGCAAUAAACACGAAAAGGUGGCAACUUGGAAGGUACCUUGCGAUGAUGUGCAGACUAAGAUACCAAGGUUAGCAGGUGAAUCCGGCUAAACAGAGAGAUGAUGCCGCCAAAGGAAAUGAUGGAAUCUAAGAACAAAUAGCGGUGAUGAAGAAAUGCAGGGGAUUCAGCUUCCUGCUUCUGUUGUGAUAGCUCGGAACCCAAGAAGAGACAAGAGGAACAUGAUGAAACAACAUGGAUUUAUCGAGAGCAGUAUUGGAGAGAACGUGAGAGUCACUUCCCAGAAGAAGACUAAAGAUUAAAGAGAGAAUACCAGUUCUCUGACCCAUUCUUUGGACUGGCAUUUGGGUCGGGGGAUGGAAGCAUGGCUCUGAUUCUAUUAUUCUUUUUCUCUUUUCAGUGAUUGCCAAUAGAAAUCGGACAUCAUUAUGGGAUCGGAUUGUGGAGCACCAAAGAUGUUGUCAGACAGGCGCUGAUACUGAUUGCUAUCUUAUUGUCAUAAAUCCACCAUGCUGCUGCUUGCCUCCCAA